ACAGGGUUUCUCUGUGCAGCUUUGCGCCUUUCCUGGAUCUCGCUCUCUAGACCAGGCUGGCCUCGAACUCACAAAGAUCCACCUGCCUCUGCCUCCCAAGUGCUGGGAUUAAAGGCGUGCGCCACCACGGCCCGGCUUGUUUGUUUUUUUUAAUGCCAAAUGCUGCUGAUUGAAGGAGGGAGGAGGUCUUAAAUACAGGCUUACAGCACAAUGGGAGAACCCCAAAGGGCAGAAGUGCACUACCGAUGUUUUACAAUCUUGCAUCUAAGCUGUUAACACCCAAUAUGCAGGAUACACAGACAAGGAACUUCCCUUAAGCAUUUAGGAGGGUGGAACUUGGCAGGGAAUUAACAUAGGGGAGGACAUCAAGGUCAAGGUCAGCAAGCAAGGCAACAGUUACCCAAAACGGGAGCCAGGACCCACAGGUCCCCCUUUUUACUAAAAAAUGAGCUUCUGACUUAGGUUGUGUGGGAUGUCAGCAGGUCACCUUACCCGUCGUGGAGACACCUGCCCAGGCCACACAGGGGCUUUGUCUUAGGUUGGUGAGCGCCCUCCAGGCAUUACCCGUCUCUGAAUACUCAUUAUCAUACAGGCUCAAUCGUGUGUGAGCCGAAGAGUUAACUGCCCGCAGCUCUCAUCUUGAAGGGAAUGAAAGACAGCCAUUGUGAGUGACCAGGGCCUGGGAACACAGAUUUAGGUUACCUCAAAUUCCAUGUUCCAGUGUGGACACAGUUUCACAAAUUUGGUAGUUUUAUGGAAUGAUGAAAGCCAUACAUUAAGGCAGAUUUAAGAUACAAAUACAUUGGUGGGUCCAUCAGAGAGGCAGGAACAGCAAGAUGCCAUCUGAUGACAUUCUUAGCUUUUGGGUUGGUGGAAGCCAGUGGUUUGCUAAGUUAAUAGACUGCAAAAGAUUUCUAUCUGUUAGUCACAAGAUGCUAGUUCAGACGCUGACACAGACAAGGGAUGGCUGUUUGGGAAGGAAAGCUAGACCUAGCCCAAGAUAAGGUCAUUAGCCUCUGGACCUGCAACAUUCCAGUCUCUCCACAGCGCUGACAUUGUGAUCAGCCAAUCUCUGCAGACACAGCUUCUUUCAGGAGUUUCUGUUCACAAAGACAAGGAUCAAUGAGUGGGAGCUGACAGAGCAGGAGCGCCCAUCCUGUCCUUCCAUAUCCUGCUAAUGUGGCUUCACAGGUCACUAAACAUCUUGUGGCUUCAACUGUAUCAUAAAACUGGAGGAAGAAUUCUAAAUCUCAUCUGCUAAAGAGGUCAGAGGGCCGUAUGAAGUGACUUAUGUGAAAAUGAACUAAAAUAUAAAAACAUCUACCUAAAUCCUCAGAUCUGGGGAGGGUCUUUGUAGUGUCUUAACCAUCCCCAGGUGAUGGGAAACCCAGCCGAAGGGAAUGUCUACAUGGUGAGCUGACUGCUUUUAUUCACCCCGUGCAGGAGCUGAUGAACUCUUCUGCUUUGGGUAAACUUUUUCUAAGGGCCGAGUAACCACAUUUACAAAAUCUGGACUUUUUCUUUUUUCACUCCAAAUAGUCAAAUGAAAUCAUGAUACAGUUGUAAACUGUGAGAAGCAGUGUUGGAAAGGUGAUGCAAAUGGAAGACAAAACAAAACAUCAGAAACUAACAUUCCAGAAGCGAUACGAAAGGGCUUACAGCAGUGCGUGUAGGAAACAAGACCAUAAUAAGGCCUGAAAUUCAUGCACAGGGUCAGACGGCUCUAAACCACAGGUCAGUGGGCGUAACUCGGAGUAGAACAGUUGACUGAUGAAAUAAAACUGUCUUCAGUUUCCCCCGGCUAAAGACACUUCCUGUCAUUGCCUAAAUUGCUUUACUUCAAAGUGUUUGUGGGAGCAGAAAUGCAAAUUAGCUGAGUGUGUUUAUUCUGUGCUGGGAAGAAGGGGAGCGGAAUGGGUUCAGGAAACCCGGCUGUGUUUAAAAGCCCACACAGCUCACAAGGAGAUAGAAUUUUAUGGAGAGUGGCUUCUGGGUACUGCUCACAGACAAGAAAGCUCUAGGAGGGCAGAACCAGGGCCACAGAAAGAGCCAGGACUAUCUGAGGCUGCUUUCAAGUAUAGGUAAGCCCACAGCAGUGUCUCGGGGAGCAAUCCGGGGCCUCGUGCACACUAGGCAAGAACUCUACCAACCGAGCCACAUCUACUGCCCAUUUGGUUUCAUUCUUCCUACGUUUCUUUCUUUCCUCUUCUUUAAAACAAAAGCAAGCUCUAUCUAGUUUUAUUAAAGAAAAGCUUUCCUGGUUUAUUUCUCACUGGUCUGUUCUGGCAAGCUUCUGAUAACGUCAGAAUCACUUGAGUCAAUGACAGCCAGUGUACACAUGCAGUAGCAUUUUCCACAUGCGGUGCCCAAUUCAAUAUUAUUGCCACUGGAGUGAUGGAAGCGAAUUUUGGCCAAGAGCAUAGUAUUCUAUUUCAGAUUUCCUCAAAGCUGGGCAGUUGUUGACCAGGAUGACCAACCAGUUUUAUGCUUCCUUGUCUCAUCAUCUUCAGAGUUUGCUUAUACCCAGUGUGUCCUUCCCACUUUUCGUAACAAGGUGAAACCUAGAGUUGGCGACUCCUAAGACCUGUCUUCUUUUCAACUACCAUCUUCCUGCCUUAGUUGUGGAACAGGACCCAACCAAGAGCAGCUGCCAUGAUAGCUAGAGAGUGGGAAAGCGCGGGUGCGUUUCUCCCCUAACUACAAAUAGAAGCUCGAGUGGCAGGAUGUAGCAGAGGCCUGAGCUGUGACUGGACAUUCUUGAAGCUUUACUUUAGGAGCGAGAAUGAAUCUAGUACUUUUUCUAUUCAUUUUUAUCUCUUUUUGGGAGAAGGUAAUAAUAACAAGCAAAAUCAAUCCGGGAUUAAAAAAAAAUGAAUACACUGUCUACUAUGAUGAGUCUAGUUCUCUAACUAGAGCAAGGUUUUCUGCAAGAAUUUCUCUAUACUCAUUCAUUUGUCUUAGCUGUCCUCUUUGGUGAUUAGGAAGUAAUUUCUGUUUAAGAAUUGACUGAUGGGCUGGGGCUAGAGCUCAGAGGGAGAGUUCCGGCUUAGCAUGUGCAAGGUUCCAGCACCACAAGGAAAAGGAUGGAGUGUAUCCAGUUUCCUUAGUGAUUCCUCAGAUGCAAACCUGUUUAAUACCACUUUACUGGUCACUUUCCAAUCCUCAAAACCCACACCUGAUUACACAGGAAAGGAAAAUGUGGUGAGGAGGGGAGAAAGGAAUGUUCAAGAAAGAGAUUCUUUCCUGUAGGUGGGUAGAGCAAUGUGGAGAACUGAGUGGAGAAUCUGGAGCCUAUUUUGCUGACUGUGGCUCACCAUGACAUGGGUCCGAGAUUGUCUCUACAUCAUGCCUUCAUUUCCCCCCUUCUUCUCCAGGCAAAAUGAAGGUGACUCUAGUGAACCUAUUGUUUAUGAUGUUGCUGCUGCUGCUAGGCCUGGGGAUGGGCCUGGGCCUCGGCCUUCACAUGGCUGCUGCAGUCCUGGAGGACAGUGAUCAGCCACUGAGUGAUUUUUGGCCUAGUGACUCCCGGGACACAGCUGAGACCACGGAAAAGGGAGAAGACACCCGGACCACAGAAGCCCUGGUGCUUGGCUACAAAGAAAUGGCACAACCUAUUGGGCCAGAAGAAACUGUUCUCAAUGAAGAUGAAGUUGGAGGAAGUAGAAUGCUGAGGGCUGACACUCUCUUUCAGAGCAAACAAGAUUACCUGAGGUUUGACUUGCGUGUCAGAGAAUGUAACACCUUGAUGGCACCCAAGAUGAAGGAGCAUAAUCACAGUUGCAUAACCCAAUACACAUUCAUCCAUGAGGAUCCAAGCACGGUCAAAGCAGUCUGUGACAGUCCUGCGGUGGCCUGUGGCCUCAAGGGGGGCAAAUGUCACAAAAGCUCCCGUCCUUUCGAUCUGACAUUUUGCAGGUUGUCCAAAGCAGGCCAGGUCACUCCCAACUGCCAUUAUCUGACUUACAUAUUUGAAAAGGUCAUUGUCACAACAUGCAGUGACACAAAGCCACUGGAGGUUAACUGAGGCAGCUCCUGCCUUUCCCUUCUCUUCACCUCAUUGUCUUUCUUCUUUUGCAUUUCCAUUUGCUGAUGCUUCUGUCCCCCACUUGGGUGCACUAUAGAGAAGAUCCUGGGAAGAGAGGAUGGAGCACCGCUGAUCUUUGUCUUCUGAAAAUAUAAUUAUUCUUUUCAUUAGGGGUCAUCCAACUGGCAUUUUAUUCCGGGGGUCAGAAAUGGCAAAACUAUGCCUAGUUUCUCCUAGAUGUCUCUCACCUUCAGUCCUUGCCCUACAAAGGCCAAGCUGUAGACCCCCACCUUAGCCAAGGUCAUCUGCCUGAUGCCUGGACUGAGGACAACUUGGGCACAGAUUAGAAGAGUUCCGUACAUCCUCUACCCAUCUCCUUCCUUGCUACCCACAUGUGGUAAUCACAGACUCCUGGGCCCUGCCUGUACAAAGGCAAUGCACUUCUCUGACGCAGACGUAAUUAAAGUGAUUCUAUCUAGGACUGUGUCUGGAAAGCCAUGUGGUCAGGCUUCUUAUCCUGAGCCUGGAAAAUUACAGAGAUGGUCGAGAAGAACAAGGGCUUGGAUAAGGACCCCCCCUUUCCUCCCCUUCCCCUCUUCCUGUUUUCACAACCUUUCUCUUUGCUCCUCUUUUCUUUGUUUCUUUCUUCUCUCAGACUUUUCUGUCUUCUCCUUUUCAUCUACCUUUUCUUUUUGGGCCCUCAUUUCUCUAGAUUUUUUUUAGCUUCUCAGUAAGCUAAUGUGUUAUCUGGGCUAUACUAGGUAAGCAGAUGUUGGUCCCCACAGAUUGAAUCUGGCAUAGGGAGUUGGAGGUUAGAUGAAGAGAAAGAAAGGAAGAAAGAAAGAAAGAAAAAAGAAAGAAAGAAAGGGAGAAAGGAAGGAAGGAAGGAAGAAAGAAAGGAAAAUAGAUAGAUAGAAAUGACUAUUCUUGGUUGUCAACUUGACUACAUCUGAAGUUACAAAAACUCACUUUGUAGACCAGGCUGGCCUUGAACUCACAGGGAUCCACCUGCCUCUGCCUCUGCCUCCUGAGUGCUGGGAUUAAAGGCAUGUGCCACCACUGCCCGGCCUAAUCUGGGUCUUUUGAGGUGGGAAGAUCCACCUUUGAUCUUCACCUUUUGGUGCAGCCUAUACAAAGCACAUGGAAGAAGGAUGCUCUCUCUCUGCCUCCUGGCCCUCACUCUUGCUGGCAAGUUCAUUACUUCACUGGCAUUCGAGGCUACUUCCAGAUUCCGUUGUAUGCUGGAGACCAGCUGAGACAUCAGCUUUGUGGACUGAACAUCUGCUGCAUUCUUAGACUUUUUGUUGGUAGACAGACAUUGUUGGACUAGCUGGACCAGAGUCUGUAAGUCAUAGAUUUUUGAGAUUUGCCACAUCCAUACUUUCCCAUUAUCCUUCCUCUGCUUAUUAUACUUCAACUAAAUGUUAGUUAUAUUUCUAUUACUGUCAUAAAACGCCUGAGAACUAACUUAAAAGAAGGAAGCAUUCAUUUUGGGACCUCUGGAAGAGCAGCCAGUGCUCUUAGCCACUGAACAAUCUCUCCAGGCCCUAUAAUUUUGCUUUUUGAAAAUCCAAAAGGUUUCAAGUUCCAAAAAGCACAGGCCUCAAAAGUUUCAGGUAAGGGACUGUGUUGCAACAUAUACAUAUUAUAUAAUUAGUCUUUGAUGAAUUUGUUUACAUAUGAUACUAGUUAGGCUGUAAGGUCUCUGUGGGAACAGCUCUAUUAUAUGUUUCUCCCAUUCUUCAUCAGUACAUUUACAGGUCACUGAUAAUCUACUUAGUGAUUAUCCAUCCAGUGCCUCCUCAGAGGUUAUAAUAAUUACAGUGAAACAUAAACUCACUUAGGAGAAGUGAAAAAUUCUGAUCCUUGUCAAGCGCUGUACGAGCAAUGUUUCAAAGGACUGUAGAUGGACUCUUUCUUUUCUAAGACAAGCAGGAAGAAAACUGCCAUUGUAUGUCAUGCACACUCCUACAAGCUGUCCCAGAGUCAUUUGGCUUUAUUUAAUUACAUUUAAUAGAAAAGUAACAAGCUCAGGGAUGCCCACUGUAUUGGUGACUUUGCUGUUGCUAUAACAAAAUACCUAAAGCUAGGCAUUUAUAAAGAAAAAAAAAAAAACGUUUCUUUAGCUCACAAUUUGGGAGACUGAAAACCCAAGUUUGGAUGUGGUAUUUGAUCUGGACGGGGCAUUUCAUUUGGGUGUGGCAUCCGAGUGAGGAGCCUCCACAGUCUCAGGCUUUUGUGCACUCUGUCUCCAGUUGGUUGGUGCCGCUUGGGGAGGUUCAGGUGGUGCAGCCUGGCUGGAGGAAGUACAUCACCGGGGGCGGGCUUUGAGAUGAAAAGCCUCAGGCCACUUCCGGUUUGCCGUCUCUAUUUCGUGCUGGUGGUUGAAGAUGUGGCCUCUCAGCUUUCUGUUCCUGCAGCCGUUACCUGCUGCUUGCUGCCACGCCUCUCCACCGUGGUGGACUCUUUCCCCUCUGGAACUGUAAACCCCAAUAAACUCCUGAUUAUAAGUUUCUUCUGGUCGUGGGUAUUAUCAUAGCAACAGAAAAGUGGCUGAGACACUGAGAAACUCUUAUCAGUUCAGCCUAUGGUGAGGGCUCCUUCAGUUGGGUCACAACGGGGCAGGCAGACAUCAUGGCGCUAAAGGGAGGGAUGUAGACCAAGACAAGAAGUUGGAGACGGUGAAGCAGAGAGCUUUGCUCUUUUGUGACAGCGUGGUCUUGUGAGAACAAACUUCUCUGUGUGACCAGCAUUGACCCUUUCAGAAGCAGUAGCAUCAAUGACCUAACUGCCCCUCACCAGGCCUCACCUCUUAAAGGCUCUUCAGCGCUGACACUCCGAAGAGCAAGCCUCUACCACAUGAACACUUCGGGAACAAUCCUCACCAAAACCAUAGUCCCAGCCUCUGUGAGCCAAGACCACCCAAUUUACCCACAGCUGCUCUGCUCCUCAGUCGGGACUCACUGUACCUCCCUCUCCUGUCUGAUACAUUACGGAGUUUGCUUUCCUGUGCUCCUCAAAGGGAAAGAUCCAGCUCUAAAUAAAGUUUGAGGACUUGGA